AUGGCUUCUCGUUACGAGGUUGAAGUCACCAUCUGUUCAGCCAAAGACCUCAAAAACGUCAACUGGCGCUACGGCCUUUUGAGGCCAUACGCUGUCGUUUGGGUCGACUCCAACAGCAAAUGCUCCACUCGAGUCGACGAGGAAGGCGACACAUCCCCUCUAUGGGACCAAACUCUGGUCAUCCCCUUACCCUCUGGUCCCAUUGAAGACCGCACCCUGUACAUCGACAUCGUCCAUGCCGGCUGCGAGGAAGACACCAAGCCCCUCAUCGGAUCCGCUAAGCUCAAGCUCAGUGACGUCCUCGAUGAAGUCGGCAUCGGAGAGCGUGUCACCCGCACUCUCAAGCUCAAGCGUCCUUCCGGCAGGCCACAGGGGAAACUCGACGUUAAGGUUACCAUUAGACAGCCUCCCUAUCGUGCGCCUGAUCCUUACCAUGCACCUCCUUAUGGGGUCCCACCUCCGCCAUCUUCAACUUCAAGAGACUAUCCUUAUGCGAAGCCCUAUGGUGCACCACCACAGCCUCCAAAUCCGUACUAUUCAACGGCUGCUCCGCCAAGUGGAUAUCCGUACAGUGCGCCACCGCCUACUCAGCCAUACGGGUAUGGACAGCAGCAGCAGCGCCCUGGUUAUGUGGUGGUGGAGGAGGAGAAGAGUAGUUCUGGUGGGAUGGGGACAGGAUUGGCUGUGGGUGCGGUAGCUGGGGUAUUAGGUGGAAUUGCCUUGGCUGAGGGUGUUGAUGCCUUGGAAGACGAUAUUGCUGAUAGAGCUGCUGAGAAAGUUGAGGAUGAUCUAGCUGACUAUGAUGAUGAUGAUUACUAG